AUGGUCUUAAUAGCGAUUUGGAUAUUACAGUCUCUGCUUCACUGUUCUGUCUCUAAAGACAUUGUUUACCAUGUGAAAGAAGAGAACAGUCCUGUUAUCAACAUAGGAGACAUUACUGCUGAUUCCCAGUUAAAGGACACUGCAUUAUUAUCGUUCAGUCAGUUGCAACAGAAGGGAACACAGCUGUUUAAUGUGACCAACACUGGGAAGAUAUACACCACACAAACACUGGAUGCUGAGUCUCUGUGUACUUUUGAGAAAGAAUGCUUUCACACAAUUAAGGUAGCCGUUCAUAAAGCAGGUAAAUUUAUAAAGAUAUUGAAAAUUAAGGUGAUUAUAGAAGACAUCAAUGACCAUCAACCAGAGUUUCCUGUCGAAGAAAUUAAGAUGGAAUUUAGAGAAGCAGAUGGGAAAGGGACAAAACAAUCGAUUCCCAAUGCCAUUGACAAAGAUGUUGGAUUACAGAAUAGAUUAGUGAAUUACGAAUUGAAGGGAAAUAACCAACAGUUUUCUUUGUCCACAUUCAAAAGAGCAGACGGAGUAUCAUUUCUUGAAAUUAUAUUACAAGGGAAGUUAGACAGAGAGACGAAAGACAGCUAUAAUAUAGAAGUGAUUGCUAAGGAUGGAGGAACUCCACCCAAACAGGGUGUCUUAAAUGUGCACAUAACUGUGGAAGAUGAAAAUGAUAACAGACCAAUUUUCUCUGAGAAAACAUACAAUGUCUCCAUACAAAAUAACCAUCAAAGAAAUAGACCAGUUGUUGUAAUGAUAGCAGAAGACUCUGAUAUUGGAGAAAAUGGUAAAGUUUCAUAUUAUAUCAGCCCAACAACAUCAACAGAUUCAAAAGAUAAUUUUAUUAUAAAUGAGAAAACUGGAGAAAUAUUCUUAGCCAAAGAAUCGCAAUUUGACAAAAUGAAAUCAUUUAAAUUAUACAUUGAAGCCAGAGAUGGUGGUAACUCUCCUCUCAGUUCCAUUGCAACUGUUAUGGUAAAUGUCAUCAACCAGCAGAACAAUCCUCCAAAUAUUGAUGUGAACUUUAUUUCUACACAGAAUCACAACACAGCUACCAUUCUGGAAGACAUCAAAGUUGGUAGUUUCAUUGCUUAUGUGAUGGUCACUGACAAUGAUGUUGGACACAAUGGAGAGGUGAACUGUCAUAUCAAAGACGACACAUUCAAACUACAGUCAAUGGGAUCGAAGGAAUAUAAAAUAGUUCUAAAGAAAGCAGUAGACAGAGAGACACAGGAACAUUAUCACUUUACUGUGUCGUGUGAAGAUAAAGGAUUACCUGCUCUGAAAACUGAUAAAGAUCUGUCAAUCCAAGUGUUGGAUGUGAAUGAUGUAGAACCACACUUUACGAAAGACACAUUCAAGUUCCUUACCUAUGAGAAUGACAAAGCUAAUUUCCCUAUUGGCUUUAUCAAUGCUACAGACCCAGAUAUUGGUAAGGGAGGUGAAUUGUCUUAUUCUCUGAGAAAUAAACAGCAAUAUCGUCUGCCAUUCCAGAUUAUCAACUCUGGCUUUAUUUCAACAAACCAGUCUUUAGACAGAGAACACAGAGAUUUCUAUGAGUUUGAGGUUUUUGUGAAAGACAAUGGAAGCCCAUCUCUGAAUAACACAGUGAAUGUUGAAGUGGAAGUAUUGGAUAGAAAUGAUAAUGCUCCAUAUUUUACAUUUCCUAGUGUUGACCCUUUCACUCUUAAUGUCCACUAUCAUCCGCAAAGUAAGAACGACAUCACAGUUCUGAAAGCAUCUGAUAUAGACAGUCACAUGAAUGCUUUUCUCAGGUACGAAAUCGUUUCAGGUAACGAGAGACAGUUAUUUAAACUGGAUUCGUUCACUGGUGUGUUAUCUUACUCUCGCACAGUUUACCAAAAUGAUGCCGGAUCAUAUGAGCUUGAGUUUGUUGUGAAAGACAGUGGUACUCCAGUUCUGUCGGCAACAACUAGUGUGUCUUUGACCCUGACUGUUAGUAACAAGACGUCACCAAUGUUCACAGCUGUGCACCUACCAAGUGAUAACACAAUAGAUGCGACAUUGUUGAUUAUCAUUGUAGUAGCAGCUGUGAUAGUAUCUAUAGCUAUUGUGGUUUCUAUAACCCUGUGUAUUGUGAGAUGUAACAAUGUGAGAAAUAGCUCAUCUGAAAGAACAGCAGAAGAGAAACAGGCAUACCAAUGUCGCAAUGAGAUGAGACAGUUGAUCUAUCAAGGUAACAACAGUGUACCUGUGAUGUCAGGUAAUCAAGGAGAGAUGUCAGACAGAUACGGUCAUUCGAGGAGCCAUUACUAUCCAGAUGACUGGAAGAUGUCUACAAUCAACAGAACACUCCAGAAAUCCACAAAGCAGAAAUACAGUCAACCGAUUGAGGUGACAUCUUAUGGAGACAACAGACCAUCUUCUCACUAUCCCACUGACACACUGACCAGUCGUAAGAGCAGUGGACAGUGCUGGAGUGAGCGGUCAAGUAGACAGUAUGAAGAAAUACCAGCAAUGUCAGGGAUCUAUGGUAGCCAACAGGAUACACCAGGGAACCCCGAAAGACAACAGUAUCAAGACAGAUAUGUGAAACCUCCAGAGAGACAGUUACCUUCAACACCAGAUGUCAUUACUAACUGUUCUCUAGCUUUUCAAUUUACUGUGUCAUUUUCCCAUUGUGUUUCAUAUAUGAAUGGUGCUGGACACAAAAGGAAAGUAACUCUGUGUCAACGUUUGAACCAAUCAAUUGACUGGUAUUUUAUUCAACAAAUGAAGAUGGUCUUAAUAGCGAUAUGGAUAUUACAGUCUCUGCUUCACUGUUCUGUCUCUAAAGACAUUGUUUACCAUGUGAAAGAAGAGAACAGUCCUGUUAUCAACAUAGGAGACAUUACUGCUGAUUCCCAGUUAAAGGACACUGCAUUAUUAUCGUUCAGUCAGUUGCAACAGAAGGGAACACAGCUGUUUAAUGUGACCACCACUGGGAAGAUAUACACCACACAAACACUGGAUGCUGAGUCUCUGUGUACUUUUGAGAAAGAAUGCUUUCACACAAUUAAGGUAGCCGUUCAUAAAGCAGGUAAAUUUAUAAAGAUAUUGAAAAUUAAGGUGAUUAUAGAAGACAUCAAUGACCAUCAACCAGAGUUUCCUGUCGAAGAAAUUAAACUGGAGUUUAGAGAAGGAGAUGGAAAAGGUAGGAAAAAGUCCAUCCCCAAUGCCAUUGACAAAGAUGUUGGAUUGCAGAACAGAUUAGUGAAUUAUGAAUUGAAGGGAAAUAACCAACAGUUUUCAUUGUCCACAUUCCAAAGAGCUGAUGGAGUAUCAUCUCUGGAAAUUAUAUUACAAGGGAAGUUAGACAGAGAGACGAAAGACAGCUAUAAUAUAGAAGUGAUUGCUAAGGAUGGAGGAACUCCACCCAAACAGGGUGUCUUAAAUGUGCACAUAACUGUGAAAGAUGAAAAUGAUAACAGACCAAUUUUCUCUGAGAAAACAUACAAUGUCUCUAUACAAAGUAACCAUCAAAGAAAUAUGCCGGUUAUUGUCAUGUUGGCAAAAGACUCUGAUAUUGGAGAGAAUGGUAAAGUUUUUUAUCAUUUCAGUCCAACAACAUCAACAAAUGCAAAACAUCAUUUCUUAAUAGAUUCAGAUUCGGGAGAACUUUACUUGAACAAACAUUCUGAGUUACAGAAGAAAAAAUCAUUUAAAUUGUAUAUUGAAGCCAUAGAUGGGGGCAACCCUCCUCUCAGUUCCAUAGCAACGGUUAUGGUAAAUGUCAUCAACCAGCAGAACAAUCCUCCAAAUAUUGAUGUGAACUUUAUUUCUACACAGAAUCACAACACAGCUACCAUUCUGGAAGACAUCAAAGUUGGUAGUUUCAUUGCUUAUGUGAUGGUCACUGACAAUGAUGUUGGACACAAUGGACAGGUGAACUGUCAUAUCAAAGAUAACACAUUCAAACUACAGUCAAUGGGAUCGAAGGAAUAUAAAAUAGUUCUAAAGAAAGCAGUAGACAGAGAGACACAGGAACAUUAUCACUUUACUGUGUCGUGUGAAGAUAAAGGAUUACCUGCUCUGAAAACUGAUAAAGAUCUGUCAAUCCAAGUGUUGGAUGUGAAUGAUGUAGAACCACACUUUACGAAAGACACAUUCAAGUUCCUUACCUAUGAGAAUGACAAAGCUAAUUUCCCUAUUGGCUUUAUCAAUGCUACAGACCCAGAUAUUGGUAAGGGAGGUGAAUUGUCUUAUUCUCUGAGGAAUAAACAGCAAUAUCGUCUGCCAUUCCAGAUUAUCAACUCUGGCUUUAUUUCAACAAACCAGUCUUUAGACAGAGAACACAGAGAUUUCUAUGAGUUUGAGGUUUUUGUGAAAGACAAUGGAAGCCCAUCUCUGAAUAACACAGUGAAUGUUGAAGUGGAAGUAUUGGAUAGAAAUGAUAAUGCUCCAUAUUUUACAUUUCCUAGCGUUGACCCUUUCACUCUUAAUGUCCACUAUCAUCCGCAAAGUAAGAACGACAUCACAGUUCUGAAAGCAUCUGAUAUAGACAGUCACAUGAAUGCUUUUCUCAGGUAUGAAAUCGUUUCAGGUAACGAGAGACAGUUAUUCAAACUGGAUUCGUUCACUGGUGUGUUAUCUUACUCUCGCACAGUUUACCAAAAUGAUGCCGGAUCAUAUGAGCUUGAGUUUGUUGUGAAAGACAGUGGUACUCCAGUUCUGUCAGCAACAACUAGUGUGUCUUUGACACUGACUGUUAGUAACAAGACGUCACCAAUGUUCACAGCUGUGCACCUACCAAGUGAUAACACAAUAGAUGCGACAUUGUUGAUUAUCAUUGUAGUAGCAGCUGUGAUAGUAUCUAUAGCCAUUGUGGUUUCUAUAACCCUGUGUAUUGUGAGAUGUAACAACGUGAGAAAUAGCUCAUCUGAAAGAACAGCAGAAGAGAAACAGGCAUACCAAUGUCGCAAUGAGAUGAGACAGUUGAUCUAUCAAGGUAACAACAGUGUACCUGUGAUGUCAGGUAAUCGAGGAGAGAUGUCAGACAGAUAUGGUCAUUCGAGGAGUCAUUACUAUCCCGAAGACUGGAAGACGUCAACAAUGAACAGAACACUCCAGAAGUCAACAAGGCAGAAAUACAGUCAACCGAUUGAGGUGACAUCUUAUGGAGACAACAGACCGUCUUCUAACUAUCCCACUGACACAUUGACCAGUCGUAAGAGCAGUGGACAGUACUGGAGUGAGCGGUCAAGUAGACAGUAUGAAGAAAUACCAGCAAUGUCAGGGAUCUAUGGUAGCCAACAGGAUACACCAGUGAACCCCGAAAGACAACAGUAUCAAGACAGAUAUGUGAAACCUCCAGAGAGACAGUUACCUUCAACACCAGAUGUCAUUACUAACUGACCACUGGUCAUUUACUAAAUAUUGACAACUAUAUUUCAGACGUGAUGCUCCCUACACACUCAUACAAACUAAUAUAAAUAUAACUUCUCUCUUUGCCAAUUUUAUACACCAACAUAUGAUACAAUAUAUAGACACUAACGGUGAAGUCAGCAAUAUUUCAGCCCGCAUGUAUACACACACACAGAAUUUUGCAUAAUGUUAUAUAUAAGCUAAUAUUUUCUUUAUAUUUCCCAAAUAUCCCUUGAAUUAAUCUAGAAUAUAUUUCAAAUAUUGUUAUGAAAAUAUUACAUCCAAGAAAUUAUUGUUUAGAAAAAUAAAUACUAAAAUGAACAUGUCUUAACCAGAACUGUUCUAUAUUAACAUCAUUUGUUAGUAAUAUAUUUACCAAUAUCAGUGAUGUUUUGUUAAUAUGAGAUCCGUAUGAAACACUGAAUAUAUAUAUAUAUCUAUGCCAGUGUUAUAUAGUCUUAUUAUGGCUGACUGUUAGUGGGGCUGAUAUUCUGUAUUCUUUCUUUCUUCUUCUGUGUGAGGGGAAAUAGUCUGAGUGAAACUGGAAUAAGCAUCACCCAUCUCUCAUACACACACACAUGUAUAUAUACUUACACACACAUUAAACACCACCCAUCCACAAAGGAAGACUGAGAGGGAACUGCUGGUUCCCACUGACUCACCACCAACACUAUUCCAUCAACAUGAAGCCAUUGUCACACCAUAGCAGCAGUGACACAGACAACCAUUAACAACAGAACAUUGGGACCAAGUCACAGUUUAUAACAAAGGAUUUUACAUGCUGAGGUUCCAGUUCAAACUACCACUCCACCAUUUAACAAUGUGAAACUCCAUUAUCAAGAAAACACACAAACCCCACCCCAGAAAGACAGUUUCUUUCAACACUUGAUGCAAACUUAAUCUGAUAAUCUUCAAUAUUAAAAUGUUGAGAACUCCUUGCUUAAAUUUUUACUGUGUUUUUUUAUAUGUAUUUGUUCAGUUAUAACAGAUUAUGUGAUAAUUAUAAUCAGUGUUUCUAUGUUGAAUAUUUCCUUCGUAUAUUGAACAAUCUAGAACAAAAACCAAAGAAAACUGUUUAUGGACAUUUUUAGAAAAGAUUCAAUUAGCAAACGAUGACAGUUUUUGAAAAAUUUCAUUUAUAAAAAAGACAACAAAAUUUGGUUUACGAAAAUAAAAUUUUAAAAAAAUGAAUGUUUAAAG